UUCAAUACACGUACGUGGUGCAGGGUCGAGCCGUGUCCACUCUCCAACAUUGUAGUGAUGUGGAACUUGAAAAAUAAAACAUGAUGGGACUGAAAAUAUUGCCGGAGCACUUGGUGUUAAUUGUGAUAGUGACGCUUUGCGAAAUUCUACCAUGUACCCCAGAAAUUUCAAACAAACGUUUGUGCGCCGAUCCAAAAUGUUCCGUUCCCAUAUCAGAGGCGAAAACAGUGUCGACGUAUCAUUCUCGGGACAAGGACAUCCUGUCCUUCCCGGCACACACUGACGUAAUAGUCUUCAGCAAAGACACUGGUAGUAGAAAGGAUCUCUGGGGGGUUACCAUCCACGGAAAGCGAGGAUACAUUCCGAAGGAGUUCCUCCUCGAGAAGAGGGUCUUUAAGAAGCUCGCCUUGCUCCAGGAAGUGCCCACCGAGAGGAUUCCCCCAGAGAAUGUUUCCAAGGAUCACAAGAUCGUGGACAAAGUCCCUCCGGGGUUCGUUGACAGCUCUAUUAAUUCUGGGAGCCCAUCGGGAAUAUCUCCCCAGGUGGCACCCUCCUUCGAGGUCGUCGACGGCACCACAAUCCCUUUUUCUAACGAGGAGCCUAAAGAUGAAAGUUAUGCCACGAAAAUUCCACAUACUCCAGUCACUGUCGACGAACAACCUAUCCUCAGUGUUCAUCCCAAUGUUGUUUCUAGUGAAAUUAAUAUUAAGGAAAUUUUGGCCUCUGAAACUGGGAGUUUACCACUGACAGAUAAAAAGAAAGAGAAAAAUGAUGAGGAGUUACCAGAAAAGGCUGAUGAUAAGGACAUUACGAUGAAAGAAGAGAGAGUUGUGAGUGAGUCUGAAGAAAAUUCAGAAACUCCUCAAUCUUCUGAUGGAGAAGCUGGAGAUGGAAAUGUUCAGGAUGAGGAAGUGGACCAUGAGCUAGUGGCCACGAAAUCUGCGUCUGCAGAAAAUAAAUCCACCCCAGAAGAAGGGGAUGAGGGACCUGGAGAUACCAAUGAGAAGGGGAGUGAAGAGGAGCAGCCAAAAAAAUAUUCAUUCAAUGUUUUCCAGACUGUCACAUCGAUAUUUGACAGUCUAUCGACGACAGAUGCAACAGUAGCCUCUGAAAAUAGUGAGAAAGUUUCUUCAGAGGUAGAAAGUGGAAAAAUAGAGGAAAAAAAUUCUUCUGAGACGUCAACCCCCGAGGAAGUCGCUGAGACGACUCCUGAAGCGCCUAGCGCUGAUGGAAAACAUUCUCCAGAGGCUGCACCCACUCUGGAAAACACUUCCGAGAUCAGUCCUGAAACUGUUGUUGAUGAAAAAAAAUCAUCAGAGGUUGUAUCGACUCUGGAGAGCCCUCCAGAGACCCCUCCUAAACCUGCUGAUGAUGUGGUAAAUUUAUCAGAGGCUGUAUCGACUCCAGAAAAUACUCCAAUAAUCAUUUCGAAUCCUGUUGUUGAUGGGAAAAAUUUAUCAGAGGUUGCAUUGAAUCCAGGAACAUCUACAGAAGUGAUUCCUACAACGGAAAAGACAUUUGUUGAUGAAAAUGGAAUUUCUAACACUGCAUCAACCUCUUUCAUAGCUCCAGAGAAAAUUAUUCCUGAAAAUAAUUCAGCUCCAGAAGCUAUUCCUGAGAAUGCCGAUGUGGUGAACGAGACUUCCUCAACGAAUGCUUUAGAAUUCGAUUAUAAAUCAACAGUCAAUAACGAAAGAAUUUCUGAACCUAUCGAAGAAGCUCAUAUUGAAAAUAACCAUGGAAUUGAAGAUGAUGGGCAGCCUGGCAUCUAUCAAAACGAUGAGUUAUCAGGUCCUAGCCGAAGUAUCGAUGGUAAAAACGCCUUGGACUUCAAUGGGUUUCUCAACAGAAACUUGUUGAAUGUUGAGAAUAAUCGGCAACAAAGAGAGGCUCCAAUAAAACUGGAAGACAUAUCCCCUCCGCCGAUCCCAGAGCCGCUUCCUCAGGAUCUUCCAGAGGAAAAAUCCUCGGAGCCUCUGGAAUCAAUUCUUGAUUUUCCAGCUGAAGAGAUUCCCCGAACAUUGGAGACCACUGAAGUGCCUGAGCCUUUUGUUCCAAGCUCAUCUCAGGGUCCUGAGGAUACCCUCCACCAGCCUCCCACUCUCGAGGGAUCAGCUCCAACAAUCGUGGAUUCCGUAUUCCUCUCAGGAGUGUGUGAGACCGAUGGAACUUGUUCCGAUCCCCAUUCGCAAGAGGAGCCUUCACCAGAAUUCCAGAGUGGAGAGUUUUUCGACAGUUCCAUGGGCAGUGCCAUCGAGUUUGGGAGGAAUUACUGGGAGGCACUCUCCUAUGCAGCCCUCACUGCCUUGACAACUCUGCUGUUCUCCCUGGGAUACUAUUACAUCGAAAACAGAAGGAGAGAUGGACAGUUCAUUGCAAAGAUCAACAGAUUAGAAAAGGAGCUCUUGGUGGCCACGAAGGAGUGCAGUACUUUGGAUGAAACACUAAAGUCAACCAAAAAUAAGUUGACUUCGAUUGAAGAUGAGUCUUUUGGAUCGAAUGAAAUGGUUCUGUCCUUAAAAAUAGAAUUGGAUAAUGCUCACAAAGCCAAAUCAGAGCUGGAGGAUCAGGUGUCCGCCCUGGAGAAGGACCUCGAGGGUGCAACGGAGGCUGGAUUGGAGUUGGAAAGAAUGUUGCGUGAAAUUUUGGCGACCAACAGUGCAGAAAAUCCCCUCGCUAAGUCUGUGGAAGACUUACAAGCACGUUUGAAUGCACAACAGGCUGCCAACGAGUCGUUGACCAGUGCUCUACAUUUGAAGACUCAAGAGCAUGAUUUCGAUAAAUUAGAGGGUGAGACGUCAAUGAGAGAUUUAGCACUGACUACUCAGAAAUGUGACCAGCUCGAGGUGGAAGUGGUUCGAAUCACUGGAGAAUUGAAGGAGGAGAGGGAGCUAAGAAAUAAUGUGGAGGAAAUGCUGUCAGGGAAGGUCAAUGGCCUGGAGAAACAGCUGGCGGAUGUAAAUCUUGAGAGGAUAAAUCUCCACAAGCAAUUGAAGAGUAAAACGAUGGAGUUGGAGGACCUCCGGGAGGUGGUGAACCAAUCGAAUACCCAAAACAUUGACUUGGAGAAAUUGGCUGACGCCUCUCACGUGAAGGCAGAGGUAAUUCAGCUUCAGGAGGAGCGAGACGACUUAACGAUGAAAUUGCACGAGUUAGAAGGGGCCCACCAACUCCUCGAGGGGCACAUGAAAACCAUCGAGGAGGAGGUGAAAUCUCUCAGGGAUGAGUGUAAGCGCGCCGAGGGCGGAAAACGAGAGGCUGAAACUCGCCUGGAGGUACUCUCGAAAUUUUUCGAGGAGAAGGAAGCAGAGAGACUGAGGGAAGAGGCGGUCAGGCUCAAGCAGCAGGGCCAGGCUUCCUCCACUGCCGAGAGGUUACAAACUAUGAAUGAGGAAAUGGCAAAUGAUAAAAAACGCAUUGAGUCGCUCGAACGAGUGAUUCUCGAUCAGGAGAAGGACUACAAGAGUCAAAUUACUAGUCUAGAAGCAAAGGCUCACGAGCAAUGGGUGAUGGCACGUCAGAACGAGCGUCGUCUGGAGGAAUCCAAGCUCGAGUCCGCGCAGUUGAGGAAUCGUCUGACACUCAUCGAGAAAAAUCUCACUGACACCGAGUCUGACGUCAAAUUGCAUCGAAUGGAGCCGAAUGGAGAUCCAAGUGCGUCCCCUUUAUUCCUAGGAGCUGAGGCAUCGAGUUCUCCGAUAAUGUUCUCAGGCACUUCAGGCCCACCUCCGCCACCCCCUUCGUACCUGUAUGGACCUCCGUUACCUUAUCUACCUCCUCCACUGCCCCCGCCCCCUGGACUACCGCCUUAUGACAUCAGUCAACGUCCACCACCUCUCGGUGGUCGUCUCGCUUCACCACCCCCAAUGCCUCCUCUGCCGCCUUCCAGUAGAUACGAUGGUCCAGGCUCCCUCUCCCCUCCGCCCCCAUUAUCCCCUUAUGAUCCGAGAAAUUUCCCUGGACCCUUCGGAAACGAAAGAAUUCCCCCGCCAUUGCCACCAUCCUGGGGUGAUGAACCACUGCCACCAGCUCGAAACACUGGUUUUCACCCUUUCCACCGAGAUCACCAACGAACACGUGACAAAGGAUCUUUACACUCAUCUGGAGAAUCGCUGGACAAAUCCCAUCACAGUGGGAAGGUCUAGGUCUUUGUUUAUUUUACAAUAUCUUUGUUAAAUUCACUGUCAACUGGGUAACAAUUCCACUGUACAGUAAUAGGAAUAGAAACUCGAGGAUGCAAAAUGUUUGAGCAAUUCCAAUCGUUUGUCUGUAAUUUAUACUGUGGAUUUUCGUUUUUUAAUGUAAGGGCAUCUGAAAGACUUGUGUCGUUCCAAUCCUGUGAAUGAGCAAUUUUGUAUAAUAAUCAUGGAAAAUCGAGCAAGUCGAAGAUAAUAAAUGAUUUGUUACUGUACGCAAUAUUGUUACAUACAAAUAAAUUGUAAUUUAUUACCAAAUUAUAACUGGGAAAGGGUUGUAAAAUCGUGUGAAUUAAUCAUUCAUAUUCCUUCGAAAAUUAUAUUUAUAAAUCAAUAAGUGGAUAACAUAUUUUACAGUAACCAUUUUGAAGAGUAGAUCGAGGAAUGCUGUAAAUGCUUUAUACAUUAUUAUUUAAUAUUUAAAAUUU